AGAGAGAGAGCCCAGUCAAUCAUCCUGUUCAUUUACUUGUAGUAUUGAGCUUUCAUCUUCACAAUGGCAACGAAUGAGGCCGUCUCCUCCUGGACAUUGAGCGUCACCGUGCUGAAGGCGGAAAACAUUUGCUCGACAGACUUUUGUAGGUGACAACAUGUCUUCGACAGCUUUGACGCCAAUCGGGUCAGAGGCAGAUUGCUACGUCACGCUGUCUCUCCCACCUGCAAUUGUUUUCAAGACAAAUACUGUGGCCAAUGGGAGAAACCCAGUCUGGAACCAGAGCUUUCAUUUCAGCCUGCGCAAUCAUCUCCAGACUACUCUUCGGAUUCAUCUGUAUGACGAGAACCUCCUAUUUGAUGAUUUGAUUCAAUCAAUCGGUGUUGAUAUCAGCACGCUGACAAAAGAGAGAAUGGAAAUCACAGAGUUUGCCGUCCAACCUCAGGGUAAACUUUGGAUUGCCUUUGAGCUGAAGCAGAGUUACACAAAAGGUGUCAUCGGUUCCAAAGGCCUUCGUUUGGGGAAAGAAGUGCUUUCCUACUGGAAACUAAAUGUGACCGUCAUCAAAGCCAAGACCCGUUCUUCAACCGAUUACUUUUCAGAGUCUGACUUGUACGUGGUUCUUUGCCUUCCGACGGCAACCGCAAGUGCAUUCAAAACAAAAACGGUGUACGACGACGCCAAUCCAGAAUGGAAUGAAACGUUCACCUUCAGGGUCCCCUCCCAUCUGAAAAAUGUUUUAGAGCUCCAUGUGCACGACGAAGACCCCGUUUCACACCAUGAGCGCAUUUCCACAGUUCUCUUUGACCUCAGCAAGCUCACGCUUGGGAAGAAAGAAAGAAUGGCUUUCAAUUUCAACCCGGAGACAAUGGACCAAAUUUGGAUUGAGUUUGAGAUGCUGCGCAGUGAGGAGCCCCAAUGUGACUAUGUCAGUAAUGGCAUUCUUUUGGCUGCUCCAUUCUCCGCUUUGGACAUCAAUGUUGACAAGCUUCUACGAAACAAUGAUGAUUUUCUCGGUAAAACGAUCAUGCUUGGCGGUGCCUGGCCCCCGAAUCAGAGGUUGUUGGCAAAGGACACCGGCAAGCUGCAUUUUUACAUUAACAGAGACUUGGCGACUGAACUUGGAGUGGCACCCUCUGCUGUUGAGCCCCCCUCCAUUUCUACAAGGCUUCAGCCACUACCAGCUGAACACACGAGCAAAGUGUCCCUUGUUAUUGAUCAGGAUACUGUGGAUUUAAAUGUCGAGACCCACGAAUGCGUCGAUGACCAUUUGGCACUUCGUCUGGACUUUGACAUUCCACCACAAGAGAAAGAAUUUUUGAAGAAAAGGAAACUUAUUGUUGGGCAAAAUAUGCAGAAGCUCUUUGGCCUUGACACUCCACCAUCACCAGACCAGGUGCCAACGAUAGCCUUGGUGGCUUCAGGGGGAGGAUCCAGAGCAAUGACCAGCCUGUUUGGCACUUUAAAGAGCCUCAAGGAAAUCAAAGUCCUCGAUAUUCUAGCUUAUAUCACAGGAGUAUCUGGAGCUACCUGGACUAUGGCCGCCUUGUUCAGAGACGCAAACUGGUCGCGAGAUGGCAUAGAUGGGACCAUCGCCCAAAUAAGGAAAGAGAUAUGCAAGGAUGCGAUGAGUAUGAUCUCCCUGGAAAAAUUGGAAUACUACAAACGAGAGAUGGAAGCAAAACUGAAAGAAGGGCAUAUUUUGUCAUCUACUGAUAUGGGCGGCUUGCUAUAUGAACAUCUAGUUUUUGGGGAGAAAAUGACCGAUAGGCUUUCUGAGCAUCAGAGGACAGUCAAUGAAGGCCAAAACCCUUUCCCCAUAUACACUGCUGUCAAUAUGAAGGAGAAGAUGGGCUGGGAAUCAGAAGCUGAAUGGUGCGAGUUCACCCCCUAUGAAGUUGGCUUUCAAAAGUACGGGGCUUUUGUGCGAGCUCAAGACUUUGGCAGUCAGUUCUUCCUCGGUCAUCUCGUCCAAAAACUUCCAGAAGUCCGUCUCCCUUUUCUAAUUGGAAUAUGGAGCAGUUUCUUUGCAAUCAACCUGUCUUAUUUACUGGAGCUUCCAACUGAAGAGAGCAGUCGUGACGCAGAUAACAACAACAUAGGUCAAGCUACUGAAUGGCAUCAAGUAGGUAUGAAAUUCAAUGCACCAAUCAAGGGGUUGUUUCUUUUGACAGAGGUGGAAAAGGACUCUUCAUUUCUUGAUACACAACUGAUGGAUCCAUCCGGCGCUAUCUCCAGAAUCAUCAACGAUUGCUUGAUGAAUCGUCCGCUUAGUUCUAUCGCAUACAAUUUCAUGAAUGGUCUCUUUCUCCACUCUGACUACAAUACGCAGAGCAACUUCCUAGCCUGGAAAGAAACACACCCUGACGCCUUUCCAAACUCGCUGACACCCAGCGACUCCUUUCUGCGGCUGGUUGAUUCCGGUCUCUCCAUAAAUGUGGCCUGUCCUCCUGUCCUGCGUCCAGAGAGAGAAGUGGACGUCAUCAUUUGCUGUGAUAAUUCUUGGAACCCGGUCGAAAGCUUCAGGGAAAUAAAGUUGACUGCAGCUUACUGUCGAGAUCGUGACGUCCCCUUCCCCCAUGUUGAUUUCACUACUCUGGAAAGAGAACCUUUGAAAGAGAUUUACAUCUACGAAGAUAAGAAGAAUCCCAAGGCACCGAUUGUGAUUCACUUCCCACUUGUCAAUGAUUCAUUUCGACAUUUCAAAGAGCCAGGUGUGAAGCGCGAGACCGCCGAGGAAAUAAAAGCUGGACGCGUGGACGUGCGCAGCAGCGACUCUCCGUUCACCACGGACAAACCCGUCUACUCAGAGGAGGAUUUUGACAGUCUGGUCAAUUUAACGGCCUAUAACGUCGCCAACAAUAAGGAAAGGAUCAUUCAAGCAUUGCACGAGGUCUUGAAAUCUAAAAUGAACAUAACUCAGACAUUGUGAACGGUUGAGCUUCAUUCAUUCAUUCAUUUCACUUGCAAAUCAAUUGCUUUGUAAUGCUGUAUGGAUGCCACAAGGUGGUGACAAAUUAGUGCUUGGGAUGGCUGUUUGGCAAAGUGCUGCUCCAAACCAAGACCUCGAGUCCAAGCUGUUUGUGAAGAAAUUCAGCGGAAACGC